AUGCCCCUUCGGAUUGUCGUCCCAGAGAGUCCAGCCGUGACCAAAGAUGCAACGACGCUACACUAUCGCCAGCUGCAGUAUCCCCUCAGCGACGACGAGCUCUUGACACUCCGGCAGAUGAGACUGGCAAGCGGCACGUACUAUGACCGCAUCCCAACGUGGCUCGAGGAGAUGAGAACGGGUGCUAGACUCAUGUGGUUUAUCCAUCUUGGACCACCAAAUCCCGUCAAGCAAGAGUCUUCCCCAGUUUCGCCAGGAAAUCUCUCGUUUAUUCUCAACCCGCAACCGAGUCAAUCCCCAACGCAGCUUUAUUCCCAAGUCGCCCAACGUGAAAAGGCGUGGAAUCUACCAUUUUCUACACCUCCGAUAGCCAUGGUCUGCCUCCUGACCUCGAAUCCAUCCGACCCAUCCUUGGCCUCUCCCCACACCCGUCGAUUCGAACUCACCUCUUUGUGGAUUUACCCUGCUUAUCGGUCAAACGGCGUGGGUACGAGUAUCAUCAAGCAAAUGGAGUAUGAAGCCGCCCAGCGCGGUGCCGAAUAUGUUACCUUUAACACUAGCGCCGGCUACGGUGCGCCUCCAACGCCUUCAUCUGCUCAAAACUCGCCAACCCAUCCAUCCAAUUAUCUCAUCUCAUCCAAUACCCACAAUCCUCAACCACUAAACGGCCAGUCUGCAAAUACCAACAAUGCCGCCUUGGCUACCUUGCGCACCUUUGAACGCAUCGGUUACAACGAAUACAAGCCCCGCGAGCACAGAUACAGCAUCAACGACGUCGUCAACGCAGGUCUCCCCAUUGAAUCUACUCUCGCCGCCUUUUUCGAAAAAUACGUAGGAAGGCCUCGCACAUAUACCUCGACCAAUUCCAACGGCAGCAAUGGCAGCGGCACCAGCAGUGGCAGUCUCAAAGGACAGGUAUCCGUCUGA